AGCGCAGCAAUGUUGGCCCGAGUCAGACGAAGAUAUUUACUGCCUUCGUGGCACACGGGAUGGCACUUCUGAUGAAAAGGUGAUAGAGUGAUUGAUGGAUUCACUCCGCCGUGCUUCUCAGUCUCUUUUGUCACCACUAAGCAGCCCAAAGGAGUCAGACAGCCCAAAUGCCCAAGGCAAAGCUGGCUCUAUGUUCUCCUCGCUGCGUCGUGCGUCCAUGUCACUUGGGUUCCGCACAGAAGGUGGCUCUGUUGGACUACCGCGGGUCGACACCGUGGAUAAGCGAAGAUCCAUACGGAACUCAACGCGGCCGAAGGGCUCGCCGAAGCGUUCUUCCGUGAAGAGCCGGGCUGAGCCCGUCCUUCUACAGCCACAUGUCGAGCACGCCAGCUUGGUUCUGCAGCAGGCGUUGUACCGUCGUGGUGAUCCAUUCAAGAAUUUGAGCAGUACUUGGUUGGCUGGCGGCGAGAAGGGUGAACUGCCUGAGGAGUCAUCUGAUGAGGAACUGCUGGAGCAGUCUAGAAACAAGCGCAAGAAAGGGAAGGCAGAAGUGAGCGAGACAGAAAUGGCCGAUUUUAUUACCGGCCUGCGCCGCAAUAUGAAGAAGCCAGAAACACAGGCCGUGGCCUGCGAAGAGUUGAGCCAGCGACUAGCUGGACGAAAACAAGAAGGAAUUGAUAGUAUCGUGAUCGAGGAAGCUGCCACGACUGCCUUGGAAGCAGCUCAGGAGCACCCUGACGACAUGCAGCUACACAUGACAGUUUGUCCUUUGUUAGCAGACCUGCUCACAUUUUCAAAGGCUUCUGGUGGCUAUCCCACUAGCAUAAUUGCAAGUGGAGCUGCUCUCGCGCUGCAAAGCUAUCUUCACUUCUAUGAGAAGCUGGAUGGCGACGACCAGUUCGAGAAGGUCUUUAAACGUUUGGCCAAGGAGCUUCCCGUGGAGGAUCAGCUCCACAUCAUGCAUGCUGUCGGGGAUGCCUUGCCUGCAUUUUGCGCCAAUAUGCACAAGAAAGCCGCACACAAGAAGUUUCAACAGGAAGAAGUAGUGCGUCGGCAUCAGCUGAAAAAUUCUGCGUUUGGUCACUUGACCUGGUUACGUGGGCACAAGAUCCGAGCAGACUUGAUGCCGACCUGGCAGGUCACAAAGAAGCAGAUAGAAGAAAAGCAGAGAACCUUUGUCGACAAAGGUCCUCCACGGGUUGGUGGCGAUGUUUGGUAUAAAGUUUGGGUGCCAAACAGCCAGAAGGCCUGGUGCUACAAGGGAAACUUUGUAAAUGAGGCUCGGUUCUUAGCCGAAAGCCAGAAAAUGGACUUCGCUUGGCUCAGUGUGGAAACUGCCCAGAAGCUGUUCGAGAGAGACCCUACCAUUGAGGAGGCGUUGCAAUACCACGUUGUGGCGGUUGCCACUGAUGACAAGAGAUACUUUUGGAGUCAUGCUUUCGUCCAGUUUCUCACCGUCUUGCAAGAGGAAAGCGAUUUUCCAUAUGGCCAGGUAUGCUACACUGUCAAGGAUUUUCAACGCAGAUACCCACAGGCAAAGUUUCCAGUGCCAGGAAAGUACACGGUGGUGGCGAAAAGUGAGGCCGUGACUCUGCCCGUGCCUCCAGCUAUAAGCAGAAAUCUCCGUUCUACUCCAACUCUCCUCGGCCAUUCGACUCUGUCUCGAGAUCAAGAAGUGCCUGCACCACCACCACUACCUGAUAGACUUCCGUGUCCGAUUCCCUACGAACUGACCGAGCCAUGGAUGUGUAUUUUCGCAUCAGACAUGGAAAAGCAAGAUAUGAACAAGAAGCUUCUUGAACUUCAAAGGAACGCGCAAGCUGAACGGGUUCAGCGGAUCCAGAGGCGUUCCUUCUCUGCUGCGGAAGAUGUUGAUGAAGAGUCUGAGGCUGCAGAACAACCUGAAGAGGAGGAGGUGGAGGAAGAUGAAGAAGUUGACCCUCACGAGAUGGAGCGGCAAAGACUAGGAAGGAAAAGGUCAACAGACGAGAGAGAGGAUCUGCAGGAUGACCUGCAAGAGGACCCUUCAAACGAAGGCGGUGCAAAAGAGGACCAAGGUCAACAAGAAGAUCAGGAAAUUGAGGAGGGACCAGGCGAACUGGGAGAAGAGGAUCUGGAGGCUGAGGAACAGAAGCCAGAAAUAUCAGCCGAAGAACUUCCGAGAUCUGAAGGAUCCGGAGAUGAAAGUGAGUUUGGUGAGCAAGAAAGCCCAAGCCGGGACCAAGUCCGCAAGGCAAGCACCAUGCACUCCCAAGAAGAUGGCGAGCCAGAGGCACGUCGAGCAUCACGACGCCAAUCCAAGGACUGAGCUAGGCCAAGGCGGGAUCAUCCCAACCUGGAUUCCACAGCAG